AUGCCCCCAAGGAACGAGCUGCCUUCAGCGUCUCCAAGGCCUGACGCUGGCAAGGUUGGUAAUGCGGCUCGUGGCGUCCCGGAGCAGAGCGAGACCAGAACGACCUCUUCCUCUGGUAGCACAACUGCCAACCCUCCAUCGAGACGCAUGCCUGAGAAGAAGGCUGCCGUAUCCGGCGCUCAUAGUAAGGGGCUAGCACCGACUACAAGAGCAGGCCCUGAGGCGAAGCGGCCUCCAGCAUUCCCAAGCAUACGUCCUCCGACGAGCCGAUCUUCGUCCUCCAACUCUGUCCACGAACAGUCUCAUAAACGAAACCACGAGGAUGCUUUCCCGUCAAGCAGCAAUCGAGACCGCGGUCAACAGCCGGUUCGGUACAAUAGAGAUCGGUCCAAAGGAGACGAGAAUCCUGGCCAACCAGAAUCUCGACACAAUUCCGCUAGAUUCGAGGUCAUCUCUAUUAGUAGUGACAACGAUGAAGACCCUGACUCUGACGACGAGCCUUUGGUCGCGGCCCGCCAGCGGAAGGCGACCAGUGGCACGCCGAAUCCCUCAGCACACCAGCGGAAGAAGCAGACACCGUCGAACAUCCCUUCUCGACCAUCAUCUACCGCACCCGACGCUCGUAUUCGAUCAAACACAUCUCAAAGGUCCCAUGCAGAGUUGCGCCCAUCUACGGCACAAGAGGGCCCACGUACUAGCCAUGUCUCCCGGGCCAGCUCAGAAUACCGCGCGGAUACUGGAAUUAGUGAAGUCAGUCAAAGCAAUCAGGGUUCGAAGCGUCUCCGUACAGAUGUCCCCUUAACUUACGACUGUUUCUUGAGAAACAUUGGCAGUAUCAGCUCCCCAAGUAUCUCUGGCGUCGCCGAGGGUCCAAAGAAAGCCCAUGCUUCCGCAGAUGAUCUUGGAAAGGACAGAGUCUCUGCGACCACCAUGUGGUUGGAGAACGAGAAACAAGAAUUGAAGGCCAAGCUUGAACAGCAGGCAACCGAGAACCAGGCUCUUGCUAAGCAGCUGAGAGAGUCUCGGGCUCUGUCCAAAGGAACUAAUCAAAGCAAGCUGGCGAAAGAGAGGGAAUUAUCGACGCUCAGGGAAGAGCUAGGGGCCCGGGACGAACAGAUCAAGCUCCUCAUGUCAGAGAAAGUUAGCCUCAGCGAAACCAUCACCCAGCUGCGCGACGAGGCCUCUCAAGAGAAGGAAGAUGCAAACCAGUCCCUUAUUGCGCGACAAAAUCAGGUGGAUGAUCUACAGAAGCUGUUAGACGACCAGGUUACGCACGGUUUGAACCUCGAGGUCACCGUAAUGGGUCUUCGGCGGAAUCAAGAGUCCAACAGGUACACCGCAGCCGAAAUCACCAAACUGCAAGCAGCGAACAGAGAGCUUAGGGAGAAGAAUACACAGCUGGAGGGGGAGAACUCACAGAUGGAGGGAGUGAUCACAGAUGUGAGGGACCAGAGCAGCCAGAUGGAGGAAGAGAAGAGCCAGAUGAUGGCGCAGAACGGUCGGCUCCAGACGCGCCUUGAGGAGCUUAAGCACCAGCUCCAACAACAGUCUGCCGAAAAGCUCCUCGCUGAAGAUGCUACGAAGACACAAAUUGAAGAGAUUCAGGGCCAAGUGAGCUCCCAGCGUGAUGAGAUCCGAGAGUACGAGAGACGAAUUGCCAACCUACAUGAGGAGGUGGACUGGUACGAGGGCAACCGCGAGAGGAUGAAGAAGGAGUGGGAUGAACGAAUGGCCAUGGAGAUGAAGUGGCGCGAUGACUUGCUGGCUAUCAACAACAACCCCAGCAUCAAGCGGUCCAACAAGAUGAACAGAGAGAUGCGCCUCAGCAACAACCUGCUCAGCAACAACCUGCUCAGCAACAAGCUACUCAGCAACGUCCUGCGCAGCAGCAUCAUGCUCAGCAUCAUCCUGCUCAGCGACAUACUGCUCAACGACAGUCUGCUCAGCGACAGUCUGCCCAAAGACGAGCUUAUGAGCAGGACGCGUCUCGGGCAGAGUCGAGCAGCGCUGGUGGUAGCAGAGCCUCCCGUUGAGAGUGAGACAUUGGUCGCUCCGAAAAUUUCGAUUUUGUGCGAUGGCAGAAACGGUGGGGAUUCCGAGUGGGAGGACGGUUUGCUGGUCAAGAAGGGACAGGAAUUGGAUGGGAGGGUGAACGAUAAUGCUUGA